AUGAUAGAUAUGUGUGACGAUGCAUCCGUAAGUUGUCAUCGAUUUUUUGAUGUUCCCGGCGUUAUUAAUCUUGGUAGUCAACCGCUGAACGUUGCGGAUCAAAAUUAUAUCAAUGGAAUUGAUGAUACUCAACAUGAUGGUGCAGGAAUUAGAAACCCCUUUGUGGGUUGCAUUUCAAAUCUAACUUUAGAUGGAAAACUAAUUGAUUUCUCGAACUUUGAAGAACUCGAAAAAGUUGGUAGUGUUCAACAUGGCUGCAAACAAAAAAGAAAUGAUUGUGAUACAAAUCCAUGCCAUCCAAAUACAAUUUGUGUGACAGCUUGGGAUGGAUAUCACUGUCAAUGUAAGCGCAUGACGCAUACGGGUGAACCUUGUAUGGCCGAUGCAGAAAAUUUAUUUAUAAAUUUGUAUGAUGAGGAAUCAUUUGUGUUUUGGAAUAUACCGUCGGGCUAUAUGAAAUUUCGAACCUUGUCAUUCGAAUUUCGAACACGUUUACGUGAAGCACAAAUUAUCGCUGUUGAAUUUUCAAAGCGAUCGCAGUUCAUUAUUUUUUCGAUUAGUCAUGGCAAAGGAUUAAUAAACAUUGGUUCCAAGCAGUAUUCUCUAUCGUUUCCUAAUUUUGGCGAUGGAAAUUUAAGAAUGUUUGAUUUUGUUGUUGAAAACCAUACUGUAAUAAUUAUCAUUGAUCGUCUGUACAAAAAGCAUAUUCCAAUGGAAAAUAAUUUGUUAUAUUGGAAAAUACGUAAAAUCUAUUCGGGUUUGGCACCAUCCACAAGUUACCCACAACGAUUUGAAGGAUGUAUUCGUAAUGUCUAUGUUAAUGAUAUGGAGCUGGAAUUAGCCGAAAAUAUGAUGACAAAACCAGGAUGUCAAGUACCAAAUGCUUGCAGUUCCCCAGACGCCUGUCCUACCCACAGCACUUGUGUUCGAAAAUGGGAUCGGCAUAGUUGUAAAUGUUAUCCUGGGUUUAUUGGAGAUGGAUGUGUAGAUAUUUGCUUAUUAUCAAAUUUAUGUGGUGAACAAGGUAUAUGUCUUAGAGCGAAUAAUUCUCGAGGAUAUGAGUGUCGCUGCAAACCGGGAUUAAGUGGACAGAAUUGUGAACGAAAAACGGCAGAACAAAUAUGCCCUAAAGGAUGGUAUGGUGCUUUCCCGAAAUGUAAACGUUGCUCUUGUGAUAUUAAGAGAAACUUCGACAAACAAUGUCAUACUAAAACCGGCGAAUGCUUCUGCAAGAGUGCUACGUAUUAUUCGGAAAAUGAAUGCAUACCAUGUGAGUGUGGAUAUGGUUCCUCAAAUUCCAAUUGUUCUUCUAGUGGUCAGUGCCAAUGUACAGGUGAAUCAGUCGGACGUCGUUGUGAUCGUUGUUCUAAUUUUGAUGAGGUCCUGGAUCGAAAUACAUUGAAGUGCUUAAAGAUAAGAAACAAAUGUCCAUCAAAUAUUGAAUAUGGUGUGCAGUGGCCAACCACUAUUGUUGGAGCUACUGCAAGACAAAGCUGCCCAAAUGGUGAAGAGGGUUUGGUUUUACGGAAGUGUUUAAAACCUUCAUACUGGGAUAAAGUGAACAGCUAUAAUUGCACUAUUCCUGCUUUUAACAAAAUAUCCACACUAUUUCUUCAAUCGUUACUAGAUGCAAAUAAUCGGAUUACACUUGCGCAGAGCUUGUCGAACGAGACAAACAGAGUUCUACAUUUAAAAGGUGUCAAUGUUGCGAUUGCAAGACAAGUAUUGGAAUAUCUGGUCAAGGAUGAACUUCAAGGGGAUAAAUCUCCAAAAAGUCAUCUGAAGUCGGCAGAAUACACCGAUUAUUUAUUGAAAAUAGCCGAUAUUUUGUUAGGCAUAAAUGACUAUACUCAAAAUGCUGCGUUGGUACACCUGUUCAAUAAUUAUGGCAUUUACUUAGCUCACUUACACCGAAAUCAUUCAUACCUUAGCCCAUUUAUUUUCUAUGGAGAAAAUAUAGUAUUCGCCGUAGACGACAUGUAUUCAAGAGAAGAUCAUAUAUUUCCAAAAUUCAACAAUUUCAUAGAUCAGCGCAAGGACAAUUUCCGAAACAUAGAAAUAAGAGUUUUAUGCCAAGAUGGCAUUGCUUAUUCAGAGAAUGUUGUUUCUUAUAGUAUGUACUACAAUAACAAUCAUUUCUAUUCGGAAGCACCCAUUGUAGUCCUGUACCAUAAUGGUACCUGCCCCAUUCAAGUGCUAUUUCCCAUAAACGAAGAAACUUGGAGGUAUCCUGAAUGUGUAAUUGCUGAAAAGAUCAAAGGAAGUGGGAAACAAUCAAAACCAGUAAUAAAUUGGCUUAAUGGAAAUAUAGUUAAGACUUCUUAUUCUGUUUUGGAAUGGUCUGGACGAAAUGCAGUAUUAGCUGGACUUAAUCGUACUCAUGCUAUUUGUAAUUUUGAACACUCAGGCAUUUACACAAUUCUCAUACAACCCGAUCAUGGAGCUUUGAUUCGUUUUCUGCCUUCGAAAGCAAUACCUUAUGCUGAACCUUUGUGCGUCACAUUUGCUCUGGUUCUUCUUUUAUUAUCAGCCAUCAGAACGCUUUACCGGCCCUGUCUCCAUUUGCGACUGAUCCGUUUUGGAUUCAUCCUUAUGUUUAUGCUCGAUAUAAUUGCUAUUUUCCUGGUUCAUCGACUUCAGCUAAAUAGUGUAUUUUGCCUUGCACGGAAUACAAUUAUUAGUUUGUGUAAUUCGGCUGUAUUUGCUUGGCUUUUCAUGUAUUCAUUUCAUAUUUAUCAACUCUUGGCUACUGGAAGGCCACAAUCAAAUUAUUGGAUUAUAAUUUUGUGCUCAUUAGUUACUCCUGCCUUAUCGUCAUUGAUAUCGUUCUUUUUUACUCCACAAUGCUCGCUUUCUCCAAGUCAGCAAUUGUUUUGGGUACUUCUGGUCCCGGAUGCGUUUUUUGUUCUGUCAGAUUUUUACGCGUUUCUGACCGCUCUUUUGAUAUCUUUCAAUAGGCAGUUUGACUACAUUGUUAGCCAGUAUUCCAUUCGAACAACAUUAUACUUACAUAUUAUCCUGACCUUAUUAUGUGCAUCUUAUAAUUCCCUCAGCUUAUUCGUACUUCGCAAUCACGAUGAUCACCUACUUUACAAAGUAGCGCUCAAUUCUUUAUUAGUCUUUGUAGCUACAUAUAUUUUCAUAUGGACAAAUUAUUUCGCUUCAAAGCAAAGUGUUCGUUACGAUAAUGGUUUAUGGAUGAGUAAUUUACAGAAAACCGCAGACGAAGUUUUGGAUCCCCAUUGCCAAACUCCUUUAUUACUACAAUCCUCAAAUGCAGGUCUCGAACUUCAAUAA